AUGGCUGUCUAUCUCACACUCUUGAUCCUUACCGUGACUCUGCCCACAUCUCAUCUGAACAACAUUAAAAACUUGCUACAGUUUGAGGACAUGAUUGAGUGCACAUUACCAGGCAGUUCACCGCUGCUGAACUUUGCAGACUAUGGCUGCUAUUGUGGUUUAGGUGGAUCAGGGACGCCUGUUGACCAGCUCGACCGGUGUUGUUUUACCCAUGAUGCCUGCUAUGGCAAAGUAGAGACCCUUCAGUCCUGCUCAUCAGUGUUUGACAGUCCCUACACAAACACAUAUGACUACAAGUGUGAUAAGAAUACCAAAACAAUCACGUGUUUGGACAGUAAUAAUGACUGUAACAUGUUCAUAUGCAAGUGCGACAAGGCUGCAGCGGAGUGUUUUGCUCAGUCCCCUUAUAAUGCCUCCAAUAAUCAUCUGGCCUCGAGUGUUUGCAGCUCAGCUUCCAGAGAGACCAGCAGCUUUCUUAUCACUCUCACUACAUUCACAGUCACUCUCAUACUCCUACAACACAACAAAAUGCCUUGCAAUAAGUGAAAUGUGCAUGCACUGAACAUAACUGUGUUCUUUCUUGUCAUUUUGGUAAUUUAAAACCUUUUUGUGUGCCGACAACUCUUUUGCAUGUACUCAUGUUUUCCAAGCCUAAUUCUCAUGCCUUUUUGAUAAAACUGAAUUCUUCUUGUAGCAGCUGUGCAAAUUGCAAACACAUGCUGACAUUCCCAAAGAUGAAACUU